AUGUUCUGCGCGUCGCCACAGACGGCGGCGCGCGAGAGCUGUUGCGAGUGGUGCUGGACGAAGCCCCGGGCGCUAAGCGAACGACGUGAGACGUUGGGGCUGGCUGCGAGGGUGCCGAGUCCUCGGCGCGGGGAGCGGCUCCCAGCUCCCCGUGCAGCGCCGCGGAUAGCGAACCUCGAGCCGGUGGAGAAGACCGCGGUCGUGUCGGACUCGACCGGCGCCGAUGCGGCGCCAGCAAUUCGGGCGCGGCCGACUCGCUCCAGUUCGGCGCAGCUCGCCUUGGAGCCCACCGCGCUCUUAAAUCGCCUCGAGACCAUGCUCCUCGGCAACCAUCCCGUCCCCGCACCCUCCAACGAGGUCAGCAUCGUCGGCGAGGUCACCAACGGCAUCAUCAUCGCCGCGAAAGCUGCCGUAAACACGCUCUUUUUGUCGCAGCGGCGCGGCGCGCUGAUGGCUCUCCAGAUAAAGAACCUGAAGAAGGCUGCGCUGGCGUACCUUGUGUGGGACCUACGCGGCGAGCUGGCGGGCGCGCGACUCGAGCAGGCGGUCGUGUACGGCAAGCGGCUCGAGACGCACGCGAGCGGCGUGGACAAGGAGUUGGGAAAGUGCAAGCGGCGGCAGGCGGGCGCGGAGGCGCUUCUCGCUGUCGUUCCAGAAACGUUGCAGGACGUGCCGACGCCAGAGGAGCCCGCGGUCGAGGAGGAGCCGGCGGUCGAGGACCUGCCUGCCAGCGACUCUCGUCCCGACGACGCGUCUUCGGACAGCGAUCAGGAAAGCGUCUUCGAACGUCGGGUGACCCGUCGGAUGAUCGACGCCGGCCUGAACGAGGCGCAAUUCGAUGAUAUGCGGAACGUUUACGGGAUUCAGCUCGCCCACGAGGACAAGUGUCACGAGUGUGCCAUUCUUCAGGCUCGGGCAGCCUGCUUCGAGAAACUGUAUUACCGCUGCAAGGCGGAGCUCCUCCAGAUCUACAGCGACUGGAACAGCCCCGAGGUGGAACAAAAGUUCCGCGUCCGCGAGGAGGCUCAGCGACGCUCCGGUACCCUGAGUCGUGGGUAUUAUAGUGACCCAUCAUUUGUGUGA